AUGACUCCCACUGUCAUCCCACCUAUUGGGAGUGUUGUUAGAUCUACAGUGGAGCCCAACAAUUUUGAAUUGAAGCUUGCACUAGAUGAUGCUAGGAGAUGGUUACAGUCACUACCACAAGGAAGUAUCACAACUUGGGAUGAUCUGCAGACCAAGUUCUUAGCCAGGUUCUUUUCAGCAUCCAAGAGGGCGAAAUUGAAGGAUGAGAUCACAGGGUUCAAGCAAGAAGAGUCAGAGUCUAUCUAUGAGGCAGCAAUUUUCCUUCAAGGGUUGACAACCAACACUAGGACAUUGGUGAAUGCCACAACUGGUGGUUCAUUGACAACCAAGACCCCUCAGGAGGCCCUUGACAUAUUUGAGUCCCUAGCAUCUCAGGAGUUUAACAAUGCUCUAGUGAGUGAUAGAAGAACGGGAAUUAUAAAACUUGAUGGCUAUGAUGCUUUGUUAGCCAAGAAUGAUAAGAUGAUGCAGAUGCAGAAACAACAACAACAACAACAACAACUGGAUGCUCUCACUAAGCAGCUAUCUUCUCAGAAGGUUGCUUCUGUGGACACUAAUUCUGUGUGUGCCAUUUGUGGGAAGAGCCAUGUUACGGAUGAUUGUGAUUAUGGGGGAUCAGUUGAACAAGCAGAAGUGAAUAUGGUAUGGUAUGAUCAGAGGAACCACAACAACCAGGGGCGAAAUGUGUAUGCUUCACCAUGGAAGAAUAUGAAUCAACACCCAGGGUUCAGUUACAGUUCCAAUCAUCAGUUCAAUCCUUCACUGCAUCGUCCUUCAACACACUCAUCACAACAAGGUGAUACCUCUGCAUGGGAGAAAUCUUUUGACCAGUUAUCUUACUCAAGGUUAUAUUCAGGGGUCAAAUUCUUUCAGAGAGGAAACUCUGCUUUCAUGCAAGAGACAAAAACAGCAUUCAGGAACCAGGAAGCAUCUAUCCAGAAUUUGGAGACACAAAUUGGGAAGUUGUCUAGACAGAUAUCUGAGAGGCCAUAG